AUGGGCAACCAGCACUCUGCCUCACACGCUACCCACAGACCUAGGAAGAACGUGCACUGGAAAUCAGCAGGGCGACCGGCGGCGCCCGGCAAGCCGCAUAUCACCCCGAUACUUUCCGAUGAUGAGCCGAAUGCGAUCACCUUGAGGUGGGCGCCCCCCGCUCACGACGGGGGUGCCCCCCUGCAGGGCUACCAGGUGGAAUGCAACCGGCUGGGCUCCCCAGACUGGAUUCGCACCGCGCCGCCAGUGGUGGCCCGCCCCGAGUUGGUGCUGACUGGGCUCGGGCCCCCGCACCGCUACCAGUUCCGCGUAGCUGCGCUCAACGUUGUCGGCCGAUCGGACUACAGCGAAGCGUCCGAUAUACUCACCGUGAGCUCCGAGCGCGGCCUACAAGAAGCGCCGUUGUUCCACCAGCACUUAGAGGACGCUACAGUGCUGGAAAACGAAAAGACAGAGUUCCGCGUUGUCUUCACCGGAACACCGACCCCCACUAUCGCCUGGUUCAAAGACGACUACGAGAUUUUCAGCAGUAGGAGGACCGCGAUAACAACGAACGAAUCAUCAAGCGUCCUCGUCUUCCAUCAAACGUUGGCGAGUGAUGAGGGCGAAAUUAAAUGCACGGCCACUAACCGCGUCGGCCACGCCGUCUCCAGAGCCCGGCUUGUUUUGGAAGCCGCACCCAAACUGCGUUAUCCGCGCCAAUACGAGGACGGGCUCCUGUUCGAAAUCAACGAGACCGUAUUCCUAAAAACGACAAUCGUAGGCAAACCAACGCCAGUAAUCGAAUGGCGACACGACGGACGGCCAAUAGUAAGCGACAGUCGCGUCGAAAUCACAACCACGCCGAAAUUUUCCAUAUUGAAAAUACACAGCGCACGUAGAGGCGACAGAGGGGAAUAUCAAGUGCACGCGCGAAACAAUAUUGGCGAGGACACAGCUGCGUUCCUGGUCACCAUCACCGCGCCACCGGACCCCCCGCGGCGAGUGUCCGUCACCCGCCAGGUGGACAAGUCCGUCACGCUGGACUGGGAGGCGCCCGAAGACGACGGCGGCUGUCGGAUAGGCAACUACGUAGUCGAGUACUUCCGAAGCGGUUGGAACGUGUGGCUGAAGGCAACCACCAGCCGUAAGACGAGCGUAACCUUGUUCGACCUGAUAGAAGGCAGCGAGUACCGGUUCCGCGUGAAAGCGGAGAGCCCGUACGGCAUGAGCGCGCCUAGCGUGGAGUCCCCGCCGGUGCAGAUUCCCGGCCGAGCCGUCGACAUGGAGUUCCUGGCGGUGGAGGCGCGCAUCAUCAAUCAGGUGCUGACGCGGGAGGAGGGCGAGGAGCCACCCGUCUCGCCGGUGCCCCGCCGGAAACGAGCUCACACCGUCCCAUCGACAAAUGAACACCCUUCGUUGCCCGAACCGCCUUCGCAGAAACAAAAGCCGAGUGCUUCAACCCAGCCCGCCGGCAGCAACGAGUUCAUGCUUGUGCUGUACCCCGAAGGCCGUAAAUCGGCUGACAAAGCUGAGAAAAGAAAAUCGUUUCAACUUGACCUGGAGGACGCAUUAUCUCCACCGCCGCUGUCGCUUUCGGCGCCCGAGCUAAGUUCUCGAUGUAUUCUGCCUUUUAAGGCGUUACGAAACGCAGUCAGCUCAACCGAGCUGUUGCAUGAGCGCGCGAUGGCCCGCUUCUACAAGGCCGUUGCCAUGAAGGAGGAACAAACAAAACAAAAUGACGAAAAAUACCCCAAGCACGAAAGCAAUGACCACAACGACAUUCCGCGUACACCAGACAUAAAUCUACAAGAAAAUACAGAGACGCCAAAAUCCAUCGUACCAACCGCAACGGCAGGGAACUUUAGGACCCCAGAAAUUUUCAUUAAAACGGAUUCAAUAGAGAAUAAGCAAUACAAAUAUACUACACAGCAACUAUCGCAGGAUUCGGAAACUUCAGAAAAUAAAUGGCAGCAAAUGUCUUUUGACGAAGAUUAUACAGCUAGUACAGUCUCUACGGAUGACGACUAUUCAGAUGAAGAUAGUCUAAAUGAAGAAAUAGACAGAGGACAAUAUGUACUGGAAGAGGAAACCUAUAAUCCAAGAAAUAAAAUCACGAGACCCUCCCCCGUCAAAGAAUCGCCAGAAGAAGAACAGGAUGACACCAUGGAAGAGGAAGAAGUAUCUGAAGAAGACGAAAAAGCAAAAUUAUCCCCACUCCCUGAUCCUAACUUUAUUCCUAAACCUAUCCUAAAGCGAAGAGAAACACAAAACAAUUUCAUCGAUGUUAAGCCUAACGUUACAGAAAAAGAGACAAAUAAUAAGAAAAAUGAAAAACUGACAUUGUUGAAAAGAAUAACGAAAAUGCCUGUACAAAAAUCGUUCGCUUUUCCUAAAAUUCUAAAUAAAAAAGAACCCGAGAAAGCACGUGAACCAAAGUCACAAAACACAGGCGGUAAGAAAGAAAAAAUUAUAGAUAGUGGGAAUGACAAAAUAAUUGAAGAAAGUAAAACUGUCAUAGACUACUACGGUAAUAUUGUAAAAGAAUAUGGUAGUCACAAAAAAUCAGCAACGCAUCUGUAUCUUAACACAGAUGAUUUAAAAACAGUGGGAGAGAAACAGCAAAUGACCAAUGAAGAAGUAACUUUGGAUGUUAACAAAGUACAAAAUAAAAUGGAAGAAGAGAAACUAACAACAAAGAAAAUUAAAGAAAAUUUGUCAGAGAAUAAACUUUUGCCUGUUAUAUUAAAAGAAAAGAACACAGUUAAUAAACCUAAGAAAAUAAAUGACCAAUUUAUUACCACACGAAAUAAAUUACCGAGAAAAGAAAAGAAGAUUUCCCCUAAGGAGCAAAUAAAACAUAUCAAUGCCUCGCAAAUUAAACCAGUCGAAGAUACACAAGUACUUUUAAAGAAAACUGAAAGAGCUACUAUAGUCAUACCUAUAGAUUAUCAAAAGCUAGAGGCGCGGGCCAAGCGAAACAACGACUGCGUUCCAACUAUUUCACCGCGAAAAGUUAAAGAUCCGAAGGCAUGCGCAAUUCGUGACAAAGGUCUUGUAUUAGGAAUAUAUUAUAACGAAAAUGUGAAAACGGAAUCUGCAAUUCUUACGGCGAGUGCUCAAAAGUACAACGAAAUUUCUGGCGGUAAACUUUGGAACCAAUUAAACUUAGCGCCCAUACCUAGGCUCGGUGAAACACGGAUAUUUUAUGAUUUGGAUCCUCAAUUCGCAUACGUUGCUGUUGCUGGACUUGGCACAGAGUGUCUUUCGUAUAGCUCCUCUGAACGAUUGGACCAAAGAAAAGAGGCUAUUCGCAUUGCUGCUGGAUCAGGAACAAAAACGUUACGCGCGUUACGUCCGUCGACUAUUCAUGUCGAAUCCUUCGGAGACGCCGAGUCAGCAGCUGAGGGCGCCAGAUUAGCUACUUGGCAAUUUCAAGAGUACAAAACAAUUUCCAACCAAAAUGUGCUACCAAAUAUAAAACUUGUUCUUCACGAUGAUUGCGAUGUUGAUGGUUGGAAAAUAGGAGAGAUUAAAGCGGAAUCACAGAAUCUGGCUAGAUAUCUUCAAGAAAUGCCAGGAAACUAUUUAAAUCCCACGUCUUUUGCAAAAAUUGCAGUGGACCUGCUGUGCGAAUUAGAUAUAAAUGUAGAAGUUAGGACCAAAGGAUGGGCGGCGAAUCAUGAAAUGGGUGGAUUUGUGGCAAUUGGGAGAUCUUCGGUGCAACCACCCUUAUACGUUGAAAUAAGCUAUUUUGGAGCGGGCGAACUCAAGCGGCCCAUUGUAUUAAUUGGCAAAGGAGUAACAUUUGACAGUGGCAGCCUGGACUUGAAGCCACCGAAAGAUUUGCAAUAUAUGAAAGGAGACAUGGCUGGAGCGGCCUGUGUCCUCGCUAUUACACGAGCAGCUUCGAUGCUUAAACUGCCCAUUAACAUAAGGGGAAUUUUACCUCUCUGCGAGUUAAUGCCGAAUGGGAAGAGUCCCAAGUUUGGAGACUUAGUGAACAGUGCUAAUGGUAAAUCAAUUCUAAUAAGACUUCCCUCGCGCGAAGGGCGUCUGCUAGUAGCAGAUUGCCUAGUAUACGCACGAAAUUACUGGCCAAAGUUCAUCGUAGACAUAGGCACCAUGUCCAAAGAAUUAAUACAUACCCUUGGUGGGGCCGCGUGUGGUUGCUAUUCAAAUUCGGAGGAACUGUUUUGCUAUUUAGAGUCAGCCAGCAGUCAAACGGGCGAUAGAAUUUGGCGAAUGCCGUUGUGGAAAUUUUACGAGGAGCGAGUUAAGGACACAAGCGCAGCGGACGUAGCAAAUACAGCGCGCUUUAAUUACGGCGAUUCACCGAAUUGUGCGGCGUUCCUGAAACAAUUCGUAUGUGACAGUAAAUGGAUCCAUUUAGACACGUACAACAUAGCCUACAGCAAAGGCAGCGAUUUUCCUUAUCUAGGCCGAGGGAUGACAGGCCGACCAACUAGAACUAUUAUAGAAUUUCUUCAUCAAUUGCUCGCAGACGACAAACUU